AUUGUGUUGUUUCGAUAAUCUAUAUAAUGAACGCACAUAGACUUCGUGGAAACGUUAGUGUAUUGAUUUACGUAAAAAAAAUGAAAAGUCUGCGAAAAACUUGAUUUGAUUUCGAUUUUUCGAAUCUAAUUGAUAAUGAAAAUUAACAGAAAUCGGUUGUGUUAAUGAAAAAAAAUAUGAGAAAAUUCAAAUAAACCUUUAAAAAAACUGUAGACACUCGUAAGACGAGUAGGAUUGAGAGUGGGAUAAGAAAGAAAGAAAAAUUCAGCCGAGAACUGCAAGAAAUUUCAUCUCUUGCUUUUUCUGUUCUAUCUAUAUUGGGUUAUGCCAACGAAAUACUAUCAAUAGCUAAGGAGCCGACGUUCUUCAGCUGGACUAAGAAAACAAAUGAGUUUGAAGAAUACAGAUUUCCAAGUUGGAGCUACUGUUUGAAUGUUAUAAGAAAGUGGAUCGGAUUCGGAUAGGUUCUCGUUUCUUUAUCCUUUAAGUUUUGGGUUGAAUUUUGAAAAAUUAUCUACCACUACUACCAGGUUAAUUUGCUAAUUUUAUUUCUGAAAAAUACUGAAAAGUCGGACAAAUUCUGAAAAAGUUACAAAAAUAUUCUAAUUUUUUCGGAGUUCUUUUCGGAAAGUUUUCGGAGUUUUUCUUUUAAAAAAAUCAUAAUUUUUCGAAAUUAAAAAUCCCAAGCCUUGACGUCUACCGACCUCCGUAAAUUCAAAGGUCUCAUGUAAGACACGGGGCCACUAUCGCAAAAUUGUCAAUAAUAAACACUUUGGUAUUCAACGAUGCCGAAAUCGUACGAAAAUUACGUAUCCUCAUCACUACUUACGACAUUUUGUAAUUACUACCCCAACAAUCUGCAUUACCCCUAUCAUAGCUGCUAUGCCUCUAUACUCUGGUACCAUUUAGUGAUUUUUAAUGAAACUUGUUUUUGUCGCUUCGAUCAAGAGUCAGAACCUUGGCUGCAAAAAGCCUUUCAAAAUGAUCUACUGCUGCUUAGUAUGUGACAGCAGUUCGACGACUCUACUUUUAUUCGUCGUGAUCGUCCCAUAUGUAACGUGACAAUAAAUUUGAUAAAAAAGUCUUCUGUUCACAUUGUUCUAAGAAAAAUGGAUGUUGACAACUCUACCGAUCUCGAUUUGACGCUUGACACACGGAAAUACCUGCUGUACAAUGCCAAUGAGUCUGACGUGAAGUUCAUGUUUAAUGUAGUUUCAACUGGUGACUCAUCAAGUUUCGAAGUGUUUAUCUACGCCCACAAGCGUAUUUUAAGCAUUGGCAGCUGUGUGUUCUCCAAAAUGUUUAAUGGGUUAAUGGCUGCCUCCUCGUCUUCCAGUGACAACACAAUCUACAUUACAGACAUUCCGAUUGAAUGUUUUAGGAACAUUCUGAAAUUUAUCUACAUCGGUGUCGUCGAAUUUAAUAUGGGAAACAUUGUGGAAGUCAUGUAUGCUGCCCAUAAAUAUCAAAUAUGCAAACUGGAAACGAUGUGUUGCGAGUUCCUCUACGAAAAUCUCCAAAUUUCCAAUGUUUUGGAAAUAUACGAAUUGACGAUAAUGUUCAACAACGACAUAACGAAAAGGUGUUUGCAAUGGAUUGAUGAUCUGUUCGCUGAUCUCGUCAAAUGGAACAGUUUCAUGAUGUUGAAAAAGCCAACGCUUAUGGAUCUGCUGAAACGUGAUACUUUAAAUAUUCGCGAGCUGGACUUGUUCAAGUCCGUUUAUAAAUGGGCCGAAAAUUACUGUACAGAAGCAUCCACGGAACCAAAUGACGAAAAUUUGAGAAAAGCUGCCGAUAAUUUCACUCACAUUCGUUUUCCUACGAUGAAUUUCAAUGAAUUUGCGGAAUGUACCCGCUACGGUUUAAAUAUACUGACGUCAGACGAGAAAAUCGACGUAUGGGACGCUCUUUCGAAAGUACAGCCCAGCACUCGAUUCAACUCGAAAUUUAGAAUUCGGUCCGCUACAGCAUUCAGAACUUUUGUUUUUCCUAAUGCGGGAGCAGUGUACUGCGAAAAUGGAAGGUACUCGUUUGAGUUUCACGUGAGCCGUAUGGUCUUCUUAAAUUACAUUUCCGUCAUACGAAAUUGUUCGGUCAAAAUAUACGAGAAAGAUUCAGGAGAAACGCAUUACGCGAAGGGCAAAGAGUGCGCGAUUCAAGUGAACCGUAAGCAAUAUCUUCCAUACACAUUCGUGCCGCAUGUAAGUUACGCCAUCGUAACGGUAGAGCACUUCCAAAGUCACCACAAAGCACAAAGCAAUCCAGGUCAUUUCAAAAGUUACACUGAAAUGCACCGAUAUUUCAAUAGUGUUUCGAAGAUGAGUUAUUGUAGUUUCGACGAACAUAAUCCGUUUGUGUUUCAGGUACCACAAUACUCUCUCAUUAAAAUGAUAUCAUUCCAUACAAGCAAAUUUAAAUAAAAUCAUCCAGUGGGCCACCACAUGACUAUUGAUAGGGUUGAGUUGGUAAAGUUAUAUGAUGGAAUGGGUGGGAAGAAGAAAAAAACGAAAGAUGAACGGGUUUCUCUGCUGUAAUUUUCAAUUUCAGAUGUUUACGGAAUGUAUGAUUAGAAGUAAUGUUUUACUAAAGGGACAAGAUUAAAAGAAAAUAUUCAGAACUAAUUAAAAUCAUAAAUUAAAGAAGCAAAAUAAUGUAUAGUGUCGUUUCUAUAAUUAUGUAUAAUUGAACAGACCGGCGUAUCCAGCACAGUUAUUGGAAAUUGACUAAAUUGAGUUAGUAGCUCUGGCUAUCAGAAAGCAUAACGAAAACCCUGCUGCUUCAAACGACAGUCUACAGAAAAUUUUCACUGACUGUGCUGUAUUAUUAUAAAAAAUGAUCGUAAAAAAUUAAAAUAA